AUGUUUUCAAAGCUCAUCUGGUCUGAUGUUUAUACGCCACUUCUGAUAGCUGGAUGGCUUAUGUUUAUCAUCAUAGCUCGAAUAACUUUUCAUCGGACGAAAUUCUUAUCAACUCUCUUUCCUGAAAGUGCCCUGCUAAUCGUGCUAGGAUUAGUUGCUGGUUUCAUUCUCGACCAAAUUUGGGUUUUGGAUAUCUACCUACAUCCCGAUUUGUUUUUUCUCUAUCUCCUCCCCCCAAUUGCAUUAGAUGCCGGCUAUUUCUUACCGAACAAAGCUUUCUUCGCCAAUUUCGGAACUAUUUUGCUAUAUGCUGUUCUUGGAACUUUGCUUAACAUCGCUUGCAUAGCUUUUGCUAUUUAUUGCUUUCAAAGCUUUUACAUUCACGAAAUUCAAACUCUCGAUAUUCUAUUGUAUGCAACACUCAUAUCAGCUGUCGACCCUGUCGCCGUCCUUUCGGUUUUUGAAGAAAUUCAUGUAAAUCAACUGCUUUACAUCUGUGUUUUUGGAGAAUCUCUCUUGAACGAUGCCAUUGUCAUUGUUCUUUACCAAUCACUCAGCUCCAUGGCCAAAAUUGGAGCGGAGCAUUUGAUUCGAGAAGACUUUCUUCAUGCCUUCCUCUCUUUCAUUAUGGUUUCCACAGGCGGAGUUGUAAUUGGAUUGGCAUGGGUUUGUAUAACAGCCAUAGCAACAAAAUUUUCACAUGAUAUUCCCAUAGUUCAGCCAUUGAUAUGCCUAGUAUUCCCUUAUUUAUCAUAUUUGAUCUCUGAAAGUGUGCAUCUCUCCGGAAUAAUUGCAAUAGUUACUUGUGGCUUAUUGAUGAAGAACUAUGUGGCUGGUAACAUAAACGAAAAAUCUCUAACAACUGUCAAAUACUUCUUGAAAACUUUAUCUUCCUGCUGUGAGGCGAUGAUUUUCGUUUUUCUGGGAUUAUCCACGUUCUCCAAGCAGCAUGAAUGGGAUCUCAUAUUCACCAUUGUCACCGUCACUUCGUGUAUAAUAUGCCGUUUUGUUGUUGUACUGGUUUUGACUUAUUUUGCAAACAAGAAGAGAGUUCAGAAAAUCGGAGUUAUGGACCAGAUAAUCAGCGGUUACGGAGGCCUACGAGGAGCUAUCUGUUAUGGUCUUGUCAUGACUCUAGAUAGUAACUCAGUUCCUUAUAAGGAUAUGAUGGUGUCAACUACGGUAGUUGUUAUUGUUGUUACCGUGUUCUUCCAGGGUACAACAAUUAAACCAUUGGUAAAAGCUUUGGGAGUGAAGACAAUGAUUCCGGAAGAAGUGACAGUUACCCAACAAGUUUUUACCCAUAGCGGAGAUUAUCUAAUGGCCGGAGUUGAAGCAAUUAUUGGAAUGAAAGGACCUCAUUACUGGAGGAGAAGGCUGUCUAUAUUUAACCAACGAUAUAUCCAACCGACAUUUAUGAGAUCAUCCAUCUCAUUUGGAGAACGUUUGGUAGCCAAAUACUCUGCAGUAUCGGCUGAAGAACAAAGACAGAAAUUACUGGAAAGAUAUGGCGGAGUAUAA